AUGUCCAAAGACGUAACUUUCUCCCCCGUGUCCACCAUCAUCCCACGAUCUCCUCCAGACGAUCUCCCAAACUCUUAUAUUCGACGUCGUCGCCGACAGACAGAUUCCGCGGUAGUUCUGAAACGUACCAUUCAUGCACCCCAGAGAGACCGGCAUCCCAUUCUGGCUCGACGAUCGAUUGCGAAUUCUGCAUGGGCAGCAGACUCGAUUCCUUCUUCUUUCUCUUCCACUAUCUCUUCUGUCUCGUCCAGGUUGAGCCUGACAGGGUCAUCGGCGGGUCCAACAAAGACCGAGGACUCUCAGAAACGCCGACAGACAACACGCUGCGACCUAGAUGAUCGUCAACAUAAUCAAGACUCCAGCUACAAGUCUCAUCGCGACGACCAGAGUAACGCCAGACCUAAAGUUUUAGGCCGUCAGACCGUCAUGUUUGCGGCGGCCUCCCGUGACACGGGCAGGGCAGCCACGCUAAUAUCCGCCGGUACCAGCGCCUCCCCAUCAGCACCAGGAACAACAACCACCACCACAACAACAACGGCACCAGCAAACUCGAGCUCAUCAUCAGCAUCGCAUCCCUAUCCAUCUUCUGCUUCGCCACCUCGUUUACCGCAAAGUCGAUUUAGCUUCGAGUAUCAGCUUCCCUGGCACAAGCGGGCCCUGCCGACCCAAGCUAGCUUUCCCAGUGAAACCCCCUCAGACACUGAUCCGACUCCGAACCCUCAGCGCGCUUUCUUGUACGACAGAUCUCGGCGGUCAGUGCCAACCUUCAGUACCUCCCGUGUUCGCAAUUCAACCGCGCCUGCUUCUCCGUCCCAUUUGCCGUCCCCGUUGUCAAUCUCAGAGAAGUCUAGCGACUUUCCCCUACCGUUCGAUGCCGACUCGAUCGACAACGCCUUGAGUUUCAAUGCAUCGAAGCGUCGUCGUAAACAGUCCUUGUCACAGUCUCAGCAACAAAGCCAGGCAGAUGUGAAGAGGAGGAUGCCGGUGUCAACAGCGACUUACGUCCAGGGGAGCCCACAUGCAAGCGAUCGCGAUCGCGCAAUCUACAACUUAGAUCAGACCGAUCAAGAAGAUGGCGCUAGAACGCCAGUCGCAGAAGAUCCCAAAUCCAAGAAUGAGGACAUCUUCUUGAAUAUUGCCCGAUCAGACUCAAAGCGGCGCGACUCCUUGGGGCGGUCAGAACUUAGACGGUCGCGGCUUGGGUUGUCUAACGGUCACCUUCGUUCACCCAAUUCUCGAUUGAAUGAACAGACGCCUUCCCCUGAUCAAUUACGGUUGAGCACUUACGACACCCCCUUGCACUCCCUCAACAAUUCCCCAUCAAACCCUUACAGCGCCCUUCCUUACUCCUACUCGGCCUCCGCUCAUCCCCUUGAUGACCAUCCCCGCUCCCGACAUUCCGCAAUAGGCUCGAGUUCGAGGUCCACUCUUGGCAUAUCAAGAAGUAGGCUUGGUCAGGCAAGCCCAGACACAUCUCCCUACUCAGCAGAACUUCACAUAGAAAGAAGGGGUUCGCUGCAAGAUCCUCGAGUUUACCGCCAUUCUGCUCUUGCCAGCCUCCGAAGUAGUCGACAGGCGUCGGGCUCCGAUGUCACAGAACGGCCGCGGCCCGAGCCUGAUCGAUCCCGGCAGGAUGGCACCGAGUCGACCUUGUCAACGACCGCUCCGUCUACAGUCUGGGAUGAGCUGGAGGAUCUGAAGUCGCGAAUCAAGAAGCUGGAAUUGACCGGAAAGCUGCCGCCGUCGUCUCAAGCUGCGAUAUCGACAGUCUCUGGAGAGCGACCCCGAACUGCAACCACUACAGUAACGACCGUAUCCUCUUCUCCAAACCACAACCAUAAGAUUAGUCCCUCAGGGGCGGAAACGGAGGCUGCCACGGUCACUAAUCCAGUGCACCCGCUUUUGCAAUCGGCUCUACUCAAAGCGAAAGAUGUACUGAACAACGAGGUGUAUAAGUCGCUCGAGGCCGCAGUCACAGAUGCGCUGGCGCUCUCAAGCCUAUUAGGCACUAAUAAAGCUCCCUCUGGUGGAGUUUCGGUUGUCAAUGGCUACAGCUCCUCUGACCGGCAGUCUAGGCGAAAAGCCGACAGUGUCUGCCGCAGCUUGACAGAACUCUGUCUCGCUUUAUCAGAUGUACAGCUUUCUAAACAGCAAAUGCCGGCCGGCGACGAUGACACUAUAACCCAGUUACCUACCAGCGCGAACGAGGAGUCGUCAACGCUCAAUCGUUCCCUUCGACGUAGUAUGACCUUGGAACCUGAAGUCCCAGGCCGACAAAAGAGCACCACUCAUGUAUCUAGUCGUCUGGAGGCACGUCGGCAAAGCCUGGCCAAUACGAACGGCAACAGCAGCAUCAAAAAAGACCUCUCUGCUCUCCCAAAUGGCAAUAGUCCCUCAUCGCCCAGCGCAUCUGCUCCUAAAAGCCGACUCAGUCGUCUCUCAACUUCAUUGCGUAGCAAGAGGCUACAGCCCGAGGACGAAGACACCGACCUGCCAAGUCCACAUAGUCGCUCGAUCUCAAGAGCGAUGACCGACAUUGACAAUUCAGCAGCGGCACAGCGCCUCUCACCGCGGCAGCGGGUGGCGCAUGGUUAUACCGCCUCCCAACAGGUCUCAGAUCCUCAGCGACCUCAAGGUUCCAGAUUGUCGUAUCAAUCCACGCGUACACAGCUACAGCAACCACGCACCCCGACCGCACCGCAGUCUAGCAUUCCGCUACGCAGAAGCCUUGCAAUUCCUGCGAACUAUACACCGACCACAUCCCGCUUGAAUAUCCUUGCUGGUUCUCGCAGAUAUGGUGCCUCCGGCAUUCCUUCAGCCGCAGGUGAUGGUUCGGUGCCAGACGGCCAGAGUGACGGUAUGUCCUCUCAACAAGGUCUGUAUCAGACAAGAAUUACCGCACCGUCGAGCAAGCAGGCAGCCAGUUAUACCCCCAUCCAGCAGAACCGAGUACGAGCAAAUAGUAUGGGAGUACGAACAUAUGGCCUCAGGCAGCGACCGACGGCCGCAUAUGAAGACCCUUUAGACGUGAGCAUCGACUGA